AUGCGCCGCCUCCCGUCCUUGUUCUUGCUUCAAACCCCCACCCGUCCCCAACCCUUGACCUGAGAGAGGGAGAGAGAGAGGGAGAGAGAGAGAGAAGAGAAAUCCAAAGAAAUUGCCAUCCAUCCAUGGCGUCCGGCUGCUGCGUCCUCGUCGAUUCCGGGGCGUACAUCGACGACACCAACGACAGCACCAACGACAGCACGGCCCAAGAGUAUACUAAUACAGGCAGUCAGAUCGUGGUUUCCUUAUGGCCUGCUCACCCGCCGAUCCCCUCCCGUCUCUCCGUGCACUGCAAGUGGAUGCGUCCCGGCCAUGUCUUCUUCCAUGAACCCAAGAUCCUUUGCGCGGCGGACUGCUUCUUUGUCCUCCGCAUCGCCAUCGGCCGCAGCCCCCCACCCAUAAACAUCACACAGAAGGUGAGCGACUACUUCAUCUACCAGUCAGCUAGCUCCACAGGUCCGUCGCUCAAGCUCCUCCCGCACCCUCACCCUCACUUGUUCACCGACAAUGGGGUUGCCGUCCUCCCCCGCGGCGACGAGUUUACCAUCGCCGUGCUCUCUCAAACCUCAUAUUACAAUUUCCUGCUCUACCUCUUCAAAUCUGAGGACUGGUAUUGGACCUCCAAGAAGGUGCUGGUGGACUCGCCGCAGCUACCCUUCCCCAUGCCGCUCCCCCCUGACCAUGUCCAUGGCCACUUUCAGCAUCAUACCAACUCGGUAAUCACCAUCGGGAGCAGGGGACUCGUUGGCUGGGUUGAUCUCUGGCACGGAAUACUGCUCUACGACGUGCUCCGUGACGACAACGACAACGACAAAGUACGCCUUGUGCCGCUGCCCGUAAGGCUGGGAAGCCAUGGCGGCAAUGCGCUUGGUUGCUGUCCAAAGCCUUACCGAAGCGUUGCUGUCCUGGGGGAUUGCCUCAAGUUUGUCGAGUUGGAAGUCUCUGGUGAUCGUCUUCCUGGUAAAGACCCUGAAACCAGGGGCCCCAAUAUCAGAAUUGAUGACUGGGCACUCACCACAUAUACCAACUGCAACAUCACCGGCGAUCCCGACGAUUGGAUAAUCGACUUCACUGUCAAUGCAUCUGCCAUCCGAAUUGACACAGCAAUGCGGUCUGGAUUGGUUCACUGCGGAAUGCUGCGUAAGACUGAGGCUGCAGAGAGAAACUUGCAAAAUCUCUGGACAUGUCAGCCUGUUCUCAGCCUGAAUGAUCAAGGCAAUGUUGUUUACCUCAUCACCAGGGUCAAAUUCCGGCACCCUAAGGCAUGGCUUCUUGCUGUUGACGUGGCCAACAAGCAAGUACGAGCAAUGGCUAAGAUUGAAGCUGAAAGGAGCACCGCCUUGUCGCUCAACUAUUUUCCUUGUAGGAUCUCAUCUCCAGCUACCUGCCUGAAUGGGACAACUAUGCCAGUUACUCGUGGCACACUGAUGCUUGGGGAACAAACUGCGGAACAAACUGCGGGUGAUGGCGGGAAAUGAACUGCGUCUACCAAACCUGGUGAAGGUUAAGGUUUAUAAUAGUUAAUCUGAGUGUUUUACCGGGACACUUUGUAUGCUCGCUCGUAUGGGGUUGCAAUAAUGUUGAGGACAUUCUUCUUUGCAUGUGGUUAUAUCUUAUUUUCCUGUACUCCUAAUUUGAAUUUGGCAGUAUUGCAUUACCAGUGUUAUUUACAUUAUUGCAUCAUAAAA